AUGAUUCCUCCGGGGGAAUGCCUGUAUGCUGGGAGGAAAAGGAGGAAACCCAUUCAAAAACAAAGGCCUGCAGUUGGGAAUGAAAAAUCAAAUCCUUCGAAGAGACACAGAGACCGUCUGAAUGCAGAACUGGACCACCUGGCCAGCCUCCUUCCUUUUCCACCUGACAUCGUAUCAAAGCUGGACAAACUUUCUGUCUUGCGCCUUAGUGUCAGCUAUCUCCGAGUCAAAAGUUUCUUUCAAGCCAUUCAAGAAAAGCACUUUAAGAAGCAAGUUGGCCAAACGAUAAAAGAAGACAGUAUACCUAACAAGACUGCUGUACAAGAAGGUGGACUUCUGCUAGAAUCACUGAAUGGUUUUGCCUUGGUGGUGAGUGCAGAUGGAAUGAUAUUCUAUGCGUCAUCGACCAUUGUGGACUAUCUAGGGUUUCAUCAGACUGAUGUAAUGCACCAAAACAUAUAUGAUUACAUUCACGUGGAUGACCGCCAGGAUUUCUGUAGACAACUGCACUGGGCCAUGAAUCCUCCCCAGAUGUCAGGACAGCAACUACAGUCAGAAACAGGAGAAGAAUAUAUUCUCAGUAAAUUGUUCAAAGCACAAGAGAAUGACAGCAUGACAACAGAUUAUUCUUCCUUUUUAACUCGUUGUUUCAUCUGUCGAGUUCGCUGCUUGUUGGACAGUACUUCUGGAUUCCUUACAAUGCAGUUCCAAGGCAAACUAAAGUUCCUCUUUGGACAAAGGAAGAAGUCCUCAUCAGGAACAGUACUGCCACCUCAGCUGUCCUUAUUCUGCAUAGUGGUACCACUUCUCCUCCCUUCUGUGACAGAGAUGAAGAUGAAAAGCCUGCUUGUGAGAACAAAACACAAAGCUGAUGAUGCAGCAGCAGCAAACACAAACUACAGUUCAAAAGGCAGUUCAGGACUUUGUGAAGCAACAGAAUUAUAUGGAAGAAACAAUCACCAUGAAGGUGCUGCCUUCACUAAUGCAUUACAGAUUGCUGAAAACCAAAUCAAAGCAAAGAAUAAUGGAGAAAAUGGCAUUUCUCUAGUGAAAGUACAAACAAAUGAAGAUCACUGGGUCUGGGUUCAAGCUAACACUCAACUUCUGUAUCGAAGUGGUUGUUCAGAAUAUGUCCUUGCCCAACAGCAAAUGUUAAAGGAAGAAGAUGAACAGCUGAAGAUACUAAGUGGUUUUGCCAGUUUAAAAGGAAACCUGGAGGGGCUUUCCUACAACAGUGCCAUUGAAACUCUGGGCCAGUGGAAGCAUCUUAACUGGGCAGCAGUGAAGAAUGAACAAGAUAAUGUAAAAGUGAAGUUUGAGCCUCAUACUAAUGGUGAGUGUUUUAUGCAAGAGGAACCUCUCAGUUCUAACACAUCAGUUUUAGGCAUUCAAAACAACUGUACCACAAACAGUAGCUGGGCUUUAAGAAACUCCAGUUCUUGUUCUAUGAGCCAGAGAAUGAGCACAUGUCCAAACAGGAGAGGUGGAUCAUUCUACAACAGAGACCAAAAUUUUUUAAAUUUGGCAUCAACUUGUCCUUCCCACUGGGGGAACACAGAAAACGGCCAGUCUUACUCGGGGCUCCAACAGCGCUGUGCAGAGAACUAUGCGCCAGACCAUCUGAAGCUGCAGAGACCACUGACAUCCUCAGAGCCUCUCUAUGACACAGCCAUUCCCUUGGAGAUGCCCAUCAAAACGGAGUAUGACUCUGACUCUGAAAACAUUGCCGAUAACUACCUGCUUUCGCAGAGCCGAGCCUGGCUGGAUGAGAGCGGCCCGGUGAGAAAGCAGGUGCCCAGCUAUCCCAGCAGAGUGCACCUCAAAACAGAGCCGGACCUCUGCCAGCCUGCCCUGCCUUGCCAGAAGCCAAGGCACUGCCUUUACACACCCCAUAACUGGCAACGCAUCAUAGCAAAUCAUCCCAAUAGCCUGAACUUGAACCGAGCUGGCAAGGCUUCGCGGAGCAAGGAGGUGGCCCCCUUUUGCCCUCAGAACUCCUCUGUGUGUUUGGAAAGCGUGCCCGACCUGCCACACACAGCUUGCUACAGCCACUUCUACAGCCCCGGCCCAGGGGAGGAGAAAGAGCAGGUUAAUGAGGUGUUCAAAAUGCCAUGUGAAUUUAAAAAUCCCUGCUUGGUUCAAGCAAUCAAGCGUGAGCCCCUGGAUUCUCCACCAUUGUCCAACAGUGGACAGAACAGAGUACACGCAAGCUUCCCUGAAAAUACAUUAGCAGGUCUUGUGCCUCAUAAAACCACUGAAUGUACAUUUUUGCAAUAG